AUGACACUCAUCAAUGCCGUAACUGUGUUAAUUUUGUGGUUUGGCACUUCAUUGUCGGCCGUAGAGAAUGGCUUCAACAGACAGGUACCAUUACCAUCGGUUCCAGUCUGCGACCCCAUGUACAAGUAUCGCAGCUUUGACGGAACAUGCAACAAUUUGAAAAAUCCACGUUUCGGACAAGCAAAUACAGUUAACCAGCGACUGAUGGGCCCCGCAACCUACGCCGAUGGUAUUUCCAAAAUUCGUUUAUCCGCAUCGGGUGCCCCUUUGCCGAGUACCCGUUUGAUUACGACUAUCGUCACCAUGAACGAGAGUGUCUCAAAUAACGACGCAUCAUUGCUAACAAUGCAAUGGGGCCAGUUCUUGGACCAUGAUUUUUCACGAGCCCAGGCCGCAAGAAACAGUACUGGGGGAACUAUCAGCUGCUGCGAUGGAGGAAGAUUUGGAAACGUUACGGCCAAUCCCCAUCCCGAGUGCUUGCAUAUCCCCAUCCCAGACAAUGAUCCUGUCUACAGCAAUGCUAAUUGCAUUAACAUGGUUCGUAAUACAUUUGGUCUCUAUCUCAACGGUAGUACACCACGAAGCCGGGAACAGAUCAGCGCCAUGACUUCCUGGAUCGAUGGUUCUAUGAUUUACGGAAGCAGUAAUGCAACAGCGCAAUCUCUGCGUGACCUUAACUCAACGAAAGGUUUAAUGAAAGUAUCGAUCCAGAAAGGAAAGGUUCUUCUACCGAUCAUUAAUACCUGCUGCCCGGAUGACCCAACUAAUACAUGCAGUGAUGCUACAUCGUGCUUUACAGGGGGUGAUAGCAGAUUACGUCAACAACCGUUGCUUACGGUCAUGCACACACUUUGGUUGCGUGAGCAUAAUCGAGUAGCUAAUGCCUUAUUUUCAAAAUUCGGAGCAAGCAAAUCGAGCGAGUUCUACUUUCAAGAAGCACGUCGCAUCGUGAUUGCCGAGUUACAGCAUAUCACUUACGCAGAGUAUCUACCGGUCAUUCUUGGACCCAAAGCGCUAUUUGUUGGAGCGUACAAUGAUAAAUCUGACCCUGCUGUUUUUAACGAAUUUUCCGCUGCUGCCUUUCGUAUGGGCCACUCUCAGUUGCGAAGUUUCAUCAGGCUAUACGAGGCCGAUGGAACUCGAAGCAACCAGAGCUUUCUCCUCGGCAACUCUUUCAACUCUGCUACUCGCCUACUCAAUACGAACUUUAUUGACAACGCACUACGCGGGCUAAUGCGAACUCCGGCUCAAUCGGUGGACGAAUGCUUCGCUGACGACAUUACUAGCCAACUACUGCGAACACAGACGGCCUCCCUUGGCGGCGAUCUAAUUUCAAUCAACAUGCAACGCGGGCGCGACCACGGCAUGCCACCUUACAUAAUUGCCCGACAAAUUGCCUUGAAAUGGCUAAAGGACAGACCAGAAACCCCACUCCCCACCACAAUGGAUCAUCUGAGUUCGACAACUUCGGUAGAUAUCAUUAACUACUUCAAAAAAGUUUACGCUUCAGUAAGGGACAUCGAUUUGUACAUCGGAGGAGUAACUGAGGAACGAUUGCCAGGAGCUGCCGUGGGACCAACAUUUACUUAUAUAAUCGCAAAACAAUUUGAGAAUUUGAGGCAAUCAGAUCGAUUUUUUUAUAGUCACCUAACGCAAUCUGUUUCUUUCACUGCAGCUCAACUGAACGAAAUCAAGAAAGUAAAGCUUGCCCGUAUCAUCUGCGACAACAAUGAUGGAACUGUCAAGCAAAUUCAACCGAACGCCUUCCGCAACCCAACGGGCCUAAACAAGCCCGUUCCCUGCACUAGCAUAAAUGGAAUCGACUUCGUCAAGUUCGUAAAGUAGAACGUCUUCAUCAAAAAAGGUUUCAAAUAUAUCAAGAAAGGGAUGAAAAGAAUUGCACAUUGGGUUUUGAUUGUAUCAAAACAGGGAUGAAAAGAAUUGCACAUUGGGUUUUGAUCAUAUCAAGAACACAAAAUCAUACAGGAAAAAUUAUUUGUGGUGGGAACAAGCUAUGACUUCAUCAUCUACGGGACAACAAUUCAAAAAGUGUGGUGAGGUGAAAGCAACCCAGCUACCACCCAGCCAUGCUAGCUAACCAGUUUAAGUUUUCAAUGAUUUUUGAAUUGCUAUUCGAGUGAAUCAAAUUCACAUAUGAUUGUGGGUAUAAAUAAACAACUGCACUUACCAAGUUA